AUAUAUCUACAUAUCUCCUGGUCAUGAUCUUGGCUGGUUGGCUUCAAUGUGAACGGAUCUUUUUUAUUUUCCAUUGACACAUAACGAUCAUCUCUUCUUUGUUCGCCGUGUCUCCACCCCCCGUUGAGGCUCAUUCAUUCUUCGGAAACUUGAUACAUGUCGCAGGGCCAUUACACUUUAAUUCAUACGAAGUACACCGAUCAAAUGAAAAAACAGAGUUUCCUGAAACACUUUUUAAGUAAGGAUCCACGACGCCCUUGUUACUGCAGCGAUAUUUUGGCUCUCAACUUUCUUGGCUGUGCCUCAUUUCGCGGCAAUUUUGUUUGUAGGAUAAAUUAUACUGACCAGAUAAACAACCCUGAGGUCUUGGACGCGCAAGUGAAUAUUGUCAAAUUUAUUUCGUUGUAAUCGCAAUCGCAAUUGCAUUUAAUCCUCAUUAUCAAUUCACAAUUCAUCAUUUUAAUAAUAUUCAUUGAUCCAUUCGUUUGAAGUUGGACAAAUACAUUAUUUGUUGCUCGCUGUUACUUAUCGUGUGCGUGAUUCCAAUCUCGAACUGUUCAGUAGAUCAUUGUCAAUGAGAAGAUGGAGGCAACGGAUAGGAAAGAGCUUGAACACAAGCAGCUCAAAGGUCGAUUGAUGGGGAAGUUAUUUGGCAAGGAAAAGAAACCAUCCUCGGCAGAGGAGGUGUCCGACUUUCUUCAUGGACCUAUCGAUAAGGUGUACACGGCAUCCUCUACUGCAGUCUCGGAUACCCCUCCUCAACUUCCUAUCCUCGACCGCAUUGAUACAUCCACUGCACGACGAUGGCCCACGGCGGCGGAAGUGAAUAAUGCUAGACGGAAUCGAUCUGUGAGUCCAAAACGGAGCAGGAAAGGGUUGGCUGUGAGGUUUACAGAAGCACAACCAGAAGUAAUUGGCGAAGGAGGUGAUGAAUGUGCUUCGCCAACAGCGGAGAUUGCAGAAGCGCUGCGAAGUCGAGCCGCAACGAUCCCUCAGCAGAGACGAAACGCCUCACGAGGGCCUGCUGAUAAACUUGGGGAUCCUGAUAUGUUUAGACCAGGACCUUUGCGACGUAUGCAGACAGGCUUCUCAACAACAGCAGAUGAUGACUCCGCGUCAGACAAUGAACCUGCUCAGCCUUACAGAAACCAAAGGGGUGAGGCGAGUUAUAAUGGUAAUGCAAAAACUGGAUCGCGCAGCUCGUUCAAUGGCAAGGCGGAAGCGGCGAUGCGUGCAUCAGAGGGCAAAGCAUUGGUAAGGGCGGUCUCGGGACAUUUUACUGAACGGGAUCUCGCGCUGGCAGCUUUGACAGCAAAUGAGAAUUCUCCCUCAGCGGAAACUGUUCAACUGAACACGAUGAAGAAUACACAAUUAGCCUCCUCGCCAGGGUUGCCGGCGAAUUCAUUUGGGAGACCUGACACGCCCAGCGAUAGUGGGAAGUCAAAUCCCCCUGUUGCCGAGGAGAGUCCUUCAUCACUUUCAAGGACUUUCGCUACAAACAACGCCAGUGCGUUCGGAAGUCCCCCUCCCCAAUCACGAGCCCCAACAUUUAAUCUGAAGGAUGCUGCAAUAGCCGUAGGAGAUGAUGCCCUUAAUGACUUUGCCAGGCGUACAUCGCAUCUGUUCACGUUAUUUAGACUUUCAGCCGAGUCACUGAAACCACUCACAUCAUGCUCACUAGAAGAGCUCGUCAGAGGUGGGUUAUGGUGGUUUCUCAAAGGACGAUCCGAGCUAGAAAGUAGCAUCAGAGAUCGGUCAACAACUCCAGAAGCAAAGCAGAACAAUGCAAUGGCUCGUCAGCAAGCGUAUACAAAUUUGGCCAAGGCAUAUUGGCUGAUGGAAAAGAUUGCUCCCAAAUGUCCCGAGAUGACCAAUCAAAUAAAUGCAGAUAACAUCAUCGAUGCCUUGGAAUCACGUCAAGCAAUAUUAUCGGGUUUAAAAAAGUUAACAAUGGUAAGCGUCAUUGAACAUAGUGUGAGCUAAUUUUGCUGACAAGGGAACGCAGUCUAUGAAGCGUAACAACAUUCUUCCGCCAUUGGAUGAGGACGCACCAUUGCUUCAAGGUACUGAUAGUCAAAUAUGGACGAGAGAUGAGGGCGACAGAUCAUUGCUAUCACUACAGCGGCCCAAUACAACGUUGACCUUAUCUGGAGCUCUUCCAUUAGGUGAUUCAGGCACGAGUUUUACGUACGGGCGUCACUUUGUGGAUGUCUAUCUAUUAGAGGAGGCAGAUUCACAGCAUUAUCGUUGCCCCUGCGUUCUAUCUAUUGUCCGAGCAAAUCAUGAAGAAGAUUUGAGUUUUAUAAUAACCAACCAAAGUGGCGCCCUAAAGCUCAUUAUUCAGCACGACAAAACCCGCGGCCCCACGUGGAAUGAUGUGUCCUGGGUACAAAAAACCAACUCACUCAACGUUAAGCUUCCGAGAGGCUUUGAGCUUCAGGUUAAUUGUACGCAACAGGACUUUAGGAGUCUCAGGGGCUCUUACGACUUCCAAAACAGCGUUCGGCAAAGUCUGGCCCGACUCGAGGACGAGGACAGUGUUUUCGAAAUGACCAUCAAAGCUUUCCAAUGCUUUGGCCAAGAAAAGCAAGCACAGUCAUUCCCAGCAGAAGCCGUGCCAAACUGUGAGGUGAGGUUAUUUGAGAAAAGCAUUGUCGAAAAAGCGGCUACAGGUCCCAGAAAAAUGCAUAGGGGAUUUCGACUUGCUGUUAUGACCGGAAAGAUGACCAAAAAUUUACGGGGUAUUGAUCAAGAUGUCUCACCUACGAUACCCAUUCAAUUUAGCCUUCUGCGAGGUGAUAAUGGUUACCCGGCACUUCUGUUAAAGCUUGACGGUGGAAAUUCUAGGUCCUCUAUGGUCUUUACAUUUGAAGAGGCAGAUCAGAGAGCUAGGUUGCACGCAUUGCUCACCGGCGGAGUAGUAGGGCGUGAGGAGACUGUCUAUGGUGAAGCUCCAAUUCGAUCGUUUAUCAUUGAGGAAGCAGGAGGCUUGGCACCGCGUCUCGGGGUUUUGGAAUGGCAAAGUGUCCGGAUAAUCAACGAAGAUGCCAUUGAUAUACAAAACACCAAGACCGUUCUUUCAGAGCACCUACGAGUCAUCAUGGAUUUCAAAACAGGUACAAUCACAGAUCGGUUUAAUAUUGGACCUGGGGAGUUGAAACUUCGACUUGAUUUACACCUGACCAACGAAUUGAAGAUAUUGAGACAACCUCAGCACGACAUGACUAUAAUGGCGACUCAAGCACAAACAGCGAAUCAGCCCCUGAAGGAAUUCGCUGAAGUUCUGGGAACGAUUGCGAGAGCUGAAACAACCCGCACUUAUGUGUUUCCAAGCUUAAAAGAGCUUCAUCUUUUUCAAACAGCAUUGACAGGAUUUGUCGUUGUUUUUGAUGGCAGGGCAUCAUCCUUCAGCAUUUCGAGACGGAGAAUGGUUGUACCCAUUUAUAAAAAAUGGGAUGCUUCCAUAACUAGAUUGCAAUUGGUCCAAAAAGAAAAAAUCAUACAACUGCUUGCCUUUUUUGAAAAUUUCAGUCACGGGGACUGCAUGGGCUUCACUUUGAAAUCUACGGAUACGUUUGAGAGCUCAAGCAAGAGCGGAAAGUUUUCCUUACGCAUUGUUGACGCGAAGUUUUCUAUGCCAAAGCCUCGUGGUGACGGACAAGCGGCCUUGGAUAGUGGUUUCGUCAACUUAGACGUGAGUCUCCUCUUGCUAUUUUCCUUUUUUUAUAAGAUGCCAACAUUAUUCUGCCACCACGAACAUCAAUAGACUAAUAUUCCUCAGAUGCCUGAUUACCCCGGCGAGCAUGAUGAUAUCACAAUAAUAUUUGACACAGAAGCAGGUAUGUGCGAUGUUUUAUUCCCAUUAAAUUUACCCAUGCCACAACCUGAACCCGGUUUUCCGGCUUCCUGGUAAAACUGUUGUUUAUCUAGUCCAAUUGACCAAUGACAAAAGAACGCAUUGCUUGCUAACACUUCUAUUCAGAACGCGAUGCAUUUACUAAAUCAUUACCGGCACCUGUAAAGGUAGCUUCACGAAUUGGAUCAGUGAGGAGAUAAAAGCAAGCUUUUAGACAUAUGAGGAUUUUUGCGAUAAAGGGCACAUGUUAUGAGGACGCAAGGCGCACGGCGCAUAAAUGGAAUUCGAAUAUUAGACAUGGCAUUACGGAGAGAUAUCCAUCAUUGCGCUGGAGUUCUUUUUUGUGGAGUCUACUGGCAUCAUUGUCGUAAAAUCGACAUUUAUGUGGAUACCCCCGGUCUUAUUUUUUUUGGGACUAUGGGGACUAUAAAUUAUCCAUUGUGACCUUGAAUUGGUUCUAGUCUUUAGACUUUAGACUACUCGUGCGGCCAGAAAGUAUAGAACACAUUCCUAUAUAGGCCUAGAUUUUCUGGGGAAAAACCUUAAUAUGACCAAUGG